GCCCCAUCCCGGCGGGCUGAGUCAGGCGGCAGGAACUGGGCGGGGGGCGGCGCCGGGAGGAGCUGAAGCAGGAGCCAGAGUCGCUGGGAGCGAGCGCGGAGCCCAGCACGGCCGGCACCGAGUGGCCCUGGGCCGGCGGGGACACGAGGGGCAAGCGCGGGGCUUGGAGGGCUGUCCCGGACCUACCAUGAACUCCAAGAAGAGAGGGAGCCCCGCGCGGACUCGUUCCAUGAUGUCCCUGUCGGUGCGGCCGCAGCGCCGCCUGCUCAGCGCCCGGGUCAGUAGGAGCCAGUCCUUCGCAGGCGUCCUCGGCAGCCAGGAGCGGGGGCCCAGGAGCUUCCCAGCCUUCAGUCCCCCGGGGCCCCCACGGAAGCCCCCAGCGCUCUCCCGAGUGUCCAAGAUGUUUUCAGUGGCGCACCCGGCCCCCAAGGUCCCGCAGCCUGAGCGGCUGGACCUGGUGUACGCGGCACUCAAGCGAGGCCUGACGGCCUAUUUGGAAGUGCACCAGCAGGAACAGGAGAAACUCCAAAGACAGAUAAGGGAGUCCAAGAGGAAUUCCCGCCUGGGCUUCCUGUAUGACUUGGACAAGCAAGUCAAGUCCAUUGAACGCUUCCUACGACGGCUGGAGUUCCACGCCAGCAAGAUCGACGAGCUGUAUGAGGCAUACUGUGUCCAGCGGCGUCUCCGGGAUGGCGCCUACAACAUGGUCCGUGCCUACAGCACCGGCUCCCCAGGGAGCCGUGAGGCCCGGGACAGCCUGGCCGAGGCUACUCGGGGGCAUCGGGAGUACACAGAGAGCAUGUGCCUGCUGGAGAGCGAGCUGGAAGCACAGCUGGGAGAGUUCCAUCUCCGGAUGAAAGGGCUGGCCGGCUUCGCCAGGCUAUGUGUGGGCGAUCAGUAUGAGAUCUGCAUGAAAUAUGGGCGUCAGCGCUGGAAACUACGGGGCCGCAUAGAGGGUAGUGGAAAGCAGGUGUGGGACAGUGAGGAAACCGUCUUUCUUCCUCUGCUCAUGGAGUUCCUGUCCAUCAAGGUGACAGAACUGAAGGGCCUGGCCAACCAUGUGGUUGUAGGCAGCGUCUCCUGUGAGACCAAGGAUCUGUUCGCCGCCCUGCCCCAGGUUGUAGCUGUGGACAUUAAUGACCUUGGCACCAUCAAGCUCAGCCUGGAAGUCACGUGGAGUCCCUUCGACAAGGAUGACCAGCCCUCAGCCGCUUCUACUGUCAACAAGGCCUCCACAGUCACCAAGCGCUUCUCCACCUACAGCCAGAGCCCACCAGACACGCCCUCACUUCGGGAACAGGCCUUCUAUAAUAUGCUGAGGCGGCAGGAGGAGCUGGAGAAUGGGACAGCGUGGUCCCUGUCAUCCGAAUCUUCCGAUGACUCCUCUAGCCCACAGCUCUCAGGCACUGCGCGCCACUCCUCAGCCCCCAGGCCCCUGGUGCAGCAGCCUGAGCCUCUGCCCAUCCAGGUUGCCUUCCGUAGGGCUGAGACCUCCACUUCUGGGACCGUGGAUGAGGAGAGGGCCAUGGCCCCAGCCCUGGCCAAUGGGCAUGCCCCCUACAGCCGGACUCUGAGCCAUAUCAGUGAGGCCAGUGUGGAUGCUGCCCUGGCUGAGGCUUCAGUGGAGGCUGCAGGCCUAGAAAGUCUAGUCCGGGGACCCAGCCCACCUGCACCCCCAGAUCCCACACAUGGGGAGCACCCUAGUCCUGUCCUUUCUGCCCUGGACCCUGGCCAUUCUGCCACAAGCCCCACUCUCAGUACAACAGGCCCCGCCCACACAUCUACAGACCCUGCCCCCUCUGCACACCUAGACUCAGUUAACAAGAGCAUAAAUUCUAGCUCUCCUGAAUUGCCAGACCCCACCCACACCACUACAAGCUCCACCUCUAGUGCCGUAAGCCCUACCCAUAGUGCUCCAAGCCUCACUCACACUACCACAAGUUCUACCCACAAGACUGUGGUCUCUACCGUCACUAUUACAGGCCCUACCCCCAGUACCACAGGGCCAGUCCAGACCACCACAAGUCCCACCCACAAGCCAAUGCUUUCUACCCUCACUCCUGCAGCUCCUGCCCCCAAUACUACAGACCCAGUCCAGACCACUACAAGCCUCAGCCACACUGUCACAAACCUGACACACACUGUCACAAGCCCCACCAGCAAGCACAUGAUCUCUACCCUCUCUACUUCAGGCCCUACCCCCAGUACCACAGACCCAGCCCAGACUACCACAAGCCCCACCCAUACUACCACUAGCACCACCCACACUACUGCAAGCCCUACCCACACCACCAUAAGCCCCACCCACACUGCUACAAGCCCCACCCAUACCACAAUAAGCCCCGCCCACACUACUGCAAGCUCUACCUACACCACCACAAGCAGUACCCACACUACUGCAACCCCUACUCACACAGCCAGGAUUUCAACUCACACCGCUACACCCAAUGCUAAGGACCCAGUCCAGAUCACCAGGAGUCCUACCCAUUCUGUCACAAGUCCCACCCUUAUAACUGUAAGCCCUUCCACUUUUCUAGACCUUGACACGCUCUCCAACCCCUCUGCAAACACAGACCCUCCCCUCCCAGGCAUCGACCCCCUGUCCUGUAGCUACGCAGCCUCCACUUCCUGCACUCAGGCAGACCCCAUAGCCCUCAGCACCUCCCACCCAAGUCCUACCUGUUCCAGUUGGGAACCCCUCACAAGCCCUUCCCCAAGACUCCCAGAAGCCAUCCAUCAGAGCCCAAGUCCCCCUCCCUCACCCCUAGCCCCUGUGACCCAGCAUUCAGACCCUAGAGUGGCCAGGGCUGCCCAGGCCCCAGUUCCAGGGGCAGCUGGAGGUGCUGGGGACAGGAAACUGGAAGAGGCACUGGGGGCUCUAAUGGCUGCCCUGGAUGACUAUCGUGGCCAGUUUCCUGAGCUGCAGGGCCUGGAGCAGGAGGUGACCCGGCUGGAGAGUCUGCUUAUGAGACAAGGCCUGACUCGCAGCCGGACCUCCAGUCUUAGCAUCACUGUGGAGCAUGCCCUGGAGAGCUUCAGCUUCCUCAAUGAAGAUGAAGAUAAUGACAGUCCUGGGGACAGGCCCCCAAACAGCCCGGAGCUUGGGGCUGAGGACAGCCUCGACUCACCUAGUGCCCGACCCCUCAGCACGGAGUGUCCAGCUCUGGACACUGCCUUGGUCCAGCACCUGUACCACUGCAGCCGCCUCCUGCUGAAACUGGGCACAUUUGGGCCCCUGCGCUGCCAGGAGGCAUGGGCCCUGGAGCGGCUACUGCGGGAGGCCCGAGUGCUCGAAGCAGUAUGUGAGCUUAGCAGGCGAUGGGAAAUCCCUGCCACCUCUGCCCAGGAAGUGGUGCAGUUCUCGGCCUCCCGGCCCGGCUUCCUGACCUUCUGGGACCAAUGUACAGAGGGACUCAGCCCCUUCAUCUGCCCUGUGGAGCGGGUGCUCCUCACCUUCUGCAAUCAGUACGGCGCCCGUCUCUCCCUGCGCCAGCCAGGCUUAGCCGAGGCUGUGUGUGUCAAGUUCCUGGAGGAUGCCCUGGGGCAGAAGCUGCCCCGGAGGCCCCAGUCAGGCCCUGGAGAGCAGCUCACCGUCUUCCAGUUCUGGAGUUACGUUGAAGCCUUGGACAGCUCCUCCAUGGAGGCCUAUGUGACCGAGACUGCCGAGGAGGUGUUACUGGUGCGGAAUCUGAACUCAGAUGACCAGGCUGUUGUGCUGAAAGCCCUGAGGUUGGCACCUGAGGGGCGGCUUCGAAGGGAUGGGCUCCGGGCCCUCAGCUCCCUGCUUGUCCAUGGCAACAACAAGGUCAUGGCUGCUGUCAGCACUCAGCUCCGGAGCCUGUCACUGGGCCCUGCCUUCCGGGAAAGGGCCCUACUCUGCUUCCUGGACCAGCUCGAGGAUGAGGAUGUGCAGACGAGAGUGGCUGGCUGCUUGGCCCUGGGCUGCAUCAAGGCUCCUGAAGGCAUUGAGCCCCUGGUGUACCUGUGCCAAACGGACACAGAAGCCGUGAGGGAAGCAGCUCGGCAGAGCCUGCAACAAUGCGGGGAAGAGGGACAGUCUGCCCAUCGACGGCUGGAGGAGUCACUGGAUGCCCUGCCCCGCAUCUUCGGGCCCGGCAGCAUGGCCAGCACGGCAUUUUAAACUCCCCACCCACCGGCCCCCAGUGCCCCUUCCCCCCACUUUCAGGGCUUACCAGGCACUGGCAGGGAGGGUGAGGGCUGGCUCCAGACACUCCUCCCUCACAGAUUCCUAUCAAUGAAAAUCUAAUAUAUUCUCCUUUUGUCCUCGGGGUGGGAAGAGUCAGUGCCGCAGUCAAGUGCCUCCCAGCCUCGGCUCAGCACACUUGCCAUAGAUCGGUGUCCCGGGCCUGGCCGUCCUGCCUCUGCCCUGCCACGUCCCUUGGUUUUGUAUUUUAUUUACAGAGUUUUACAGAAAAUAAAAAAGCAAAAUGCCUUUCCUACAUAGCCUGGACUGGUGCACUACUGACCUUCUGCUCCAGCACACUCUGGCUGUGGCCCUGACACUAGUGUGUCCACACUCCAACCGUGACAAUGCCAUGUGCUUUUGCCCUGGAAAUCCAGAUGGAAGAGAGCCCAGAGGCUGGAACUGGGCUUGGAAAAGAGGGCAGAGGAAGAGGGUGGUGGAGUGUUGCUGAGGAGGCCCGGCCUGCAGGUUUGGGGAGGCACUCACUCCCACGACUCUGGACAAUUGAGAGCCUGCUGCCUCCAGUGAUGGGAGGUUGAUGACACCAUCGGGAGUCAAAUGCACCAGAGCAGGGAAAGCCUGUCCCCAGCUGUC